AUGGAUGUAUCAGACGACAUCGGGUACGUGAUAUACUCAGCUCUGGGCAGCUUCUACAUCCCAUCCUGCAUCAUGGUGUUCGUCUACAUCAGGAUAUAUUACGCGGCGAAGGCACGCGCCAGAAGAGGCAUUAGGAAAAACCCAAGGCCAAGGCCUAAUGAACAGCAGACAAGUUUUUCAAAUCCGAAAGGCACGCGGCCUAUGCCCACUUCAUCAUCAUUACAUAUGCCAUCAGGUGUCGACUCCAGCAACUCCAAUAACAACAGGGAGGGUCAGAUAUCAACGAUAGAGACGCAGCAAGUGCCGAUCCCGACGGUGACGUGCGACUUCGCGUCAGACAUUUCUACGAGUGAGGCAGGUGACCCUGGACCACAGCAGGACGAAAGGAAAGACACGCUAAAGGUGGUCACAUGCGCGCAAGUGACAAGGAAUCCAUUAGCUGCGUGUCCUUACAGAAGUUCAACGUUAUCAGUCAACGGGGAAUUACAGCUACAACAGUCACAACGAGGAAGGGCGCCUAGUAUGGCCAUAGACACAGACAUGGUUUCAGAACUAGAACCGUCAUCGUCAGACUCAGGAGUAGCCACACGGUGUGCUGUAGUAAAGCCUCUAAAAUUAAGAAUAUGCCAACCGAUAUUCGGUAAAAAAUCAGAUUCAACAAGAAGGCAGGAGAAAUCACAACCAACAAAAUCUGAAUUAGAACCAGCGCUACCAAAGCAACAUAAACCAAGAGAUCCAGAAAGAGAGAAAAGAAGAUUAGCUAGGAAGAAAGAGAAAAGAGCUACAUUGAUAUUAGGUUUAAUAAUGGGUAGUUUCAUCGCUUGCUGGUUGCCUUUCUUCUUUCUUUAUAUCUUAAAAGCAGCGUGUAGAUGGUGUGUUAUACCAUCAAGCGCGUUUGCUAUUGCCUUUUGGUUAGGUUAUAUGAACUCUGUAUUAAAUCCAGUUAUAUAUACUAUAUUUAAUAAGGACUUCAGAAGAGCAUUUAGACGGAUAUUGUUUAAGUGA